AUGAACACAGUUAACCAAAGAAAGAAAACCAUGGGACGCAAGAAAAUCGAAAUCAAGAAAGUCGAAAAAGAAACCAACAAGCAAGUUACAUUCUCAAAAAGAAGAUCCGGUUUAUUCAAAAAAGCUUGCGAACUUUGCGUCUUAUGUGAUGUUCAUCUCGCCAUCGUUGUGUUUUCACCUGCUGAUAAACUAUAUUGCUGUGGUAGACCAAACACCGACGUGAUCCUCAACAGUUACAUCAAAGGAACCACCGAGUUUGAGGAUCAGAAGUCGACGGGUGAUUCCUCGAUCUGCGAGCAGUAUAAUAGAGAAUAUCAAGAAGCCCUAAAAAUGUUGGAAAUGGAAAAGAAGAAACUUGUGGAUAUUGAGAAUUUGGCUAAGGGUUGGAAUAGAGUUGGAUGGUGGAAUGAUUCUAUUGAUGAUAUGAGUGUGGAACAGCUUGAACAGUUUAUGAUGUCAAUUUUUGAACUAAGGAGGAAGCUUGCUGAAAAAGAACAUGAACAACUUAUGAUGUUUUCUAUGUAA